AUGAUGAAAGAACUGGACGUAGAAGCUGGAAAGAUAGGCCUUAAUAUGAAUUACAGCAAGACCAAAACUAUAACAAAUACAGAUGAAGACAUCACAAUGAGAAUCGGACAAGAUGAAAUAGAACAAGUUAAGGAUUAUAUAUAUCUUGGUCAAACUAUAAAACUUAACAAAGAGAACCAAACAGCAGAGAUCAAGAGACGAGUUAGACUGGCAUGGGCGGCAUUUGGCAAACUAAGCUACAUUCUUAAAAACAAAAGAUAUCCACAGCAUCUUAAGACCAAAGUAUAUAAUCAAUGCGUACUCCCUGUUCUUACUUAUGGUUCCCAAACGUGGACAUCUACAAAAGCAAACAUGGACAAAAUCAUAAAAACCCAAAGAGCAAUGGAAAGACAAAUGUUGCACAUAAGACUAAUGGAUAAGAAGAGAAACGAGUGGAUAAGAGAGAAAACAAAAGUGAGGGAUGUUAGACAAGAAGUUGCAAAAUUGAAAUGGAGAUUUGCCGGACACAAUAUAAGACAAAAAGAAGACCGAUGGAACAAAAUUCUUAUAAGUUGGAGACCGUGGGAAUAUAAACGAAGCAGAGGAAGGCCCCAAAUGAGAUGGGCAGAUGAUAUCAAGAAGCACGUGGGCUCUAGAUGGAUGACUGUAGCGACAGACAGAGAAGAAUGGAAAAGGAUUGGGGAGGCCUAUGUCCAAAGAUGGACCGAAGAAGGCUAA